AUGCCUUCUCUUGAGAGAUUACCACCUGAAAUUCUCCAAGAAAUUGUGUCGUACCUCCACAAUGGCUAUGAGCGACAUCGCUUCGGUGGAUACGAGCCGCCCGUAGGUCAGCACGAGAUAACAGGGAUCAACCGACGCUCGUACUUGACGUCUCUGCGUGCCGUAAAUCGUCUCUUCUGCCAGAUCGUCACACCUAUUCUCUUUCAGCACGCCAUAAUCUACUCCGGCAGUGUCAUAACAAGAUGGGGCAUAACCGCCGUGACCAGCAUGGGUAUUACCGGCGCUGCGCGUCUUGUAAAACUAUCAAAGGAUCCUUCGCUUCGCAAAAUCGUCCGCCGUCUGGAAAUUUGCUUAAAAGUGCAGAGUGCGACUGACUUCCGAGAUUACAAGCCUGCAGUUGAGGAGAAGGACAAGGACCUAGAGUACCUUGCACGAUUAGGCGCCGUGAUUCACAGUGCACUACCGAGAUUUCCGAAUCUCAAAGUUCUGAAGCUCAACUUUGAGGACAUUCCUUACAAUUACAGACAAGACUUUGAUGACCCGGGUCAGGCCAGUUGUUCUUGGGUUCAGGACACUCAGAAUUUCUUCGAGUCUCUAUCAACCGCUAUCUACAGAUCCGGGCUCAAGAAUCUGGUAGAGCUCGACCUCUCCUUACCUCUCGCGUAUGACUUUGGGCAUUUUCUUGGCGACGACGAAAAUGGAGGACCUUACUCUCCAAAGACAUUCUUCAAGCAGCUCAAGCGUCUGAGUGUUCACUAUGGACACUGUACUGAGGACGGCGAAGACUUGGAAUUUCGGUAUGAACAACCUAAUGACAAGUUCGAUAAAUACGUCCGACAGUUGCUACCACUCGCCACAAAUCUGGAUACCCUCAAGGUGAAGGGACCCGAUGUAUUGGUGCUUGAUUCAUCAGCACUAGAGCCCUUGAACCUGGAAUUAGUCGACUUACAGAGCCUGUCCAUAACAGGGGGAGCACUCACAGCUCUCUUCCAACGGUCUACAGCAUUGCGAGAAGUUGUGCUCAUGGGAGUCUACCUCGAAUCCGGCACAUGGGAAGAGAUCCUCACAGCUUUGAGCAAAACAGCCAUUUCGGCCUUCUAUAUCGAAACAUGCGGUUAUCAAAAAGAAGGCGAUGCUCUACAGUACGUCCCAACUGAUCGAAGCGAUCAAGUCAACGGCGAAGACAGUUACAUCGAGACAAAUCGCACCGAGGAUAUCGACGCGUGUGAAUUGGUGUUUGCGCGGGUCCAUGAGAAUAUGCGCAAGAUUUACGGGAGCAGAUAUGAUCAAGCGGCAGCUGAGCGAAAGCGGAAAACUCAACACGAUGAUAUUGUGAGAAAGACAGCCUCGCUGGGAGAGUUCUUCAGAAGGUUUAUGGCGGAGAUGUCUGAUGAGGGUGACACUUCUGAGAUGGAUUCUUCUGAGGAUGGGUCAAGUGUAGCUGAAUUCCUAGAGCUUGCGUUUGGUCGUCGUCCUGGGGAUACCUCUGAUGACGAUGAUUCGGAUAGUGGCUCUGAUGGUGUUUCUUCAGAUGUUGAUUCGUCGGAUUCAGGUCCAUCUGACGAUGAGUAG